AUGAAUUCAACAAUCAACGCGACUGAUCAUGGUGAUUUUCGACCAGAUGACGCUACAUGGAUUUUGACGAGCGCCUUCAUUAUUUUCACAAUGCAAUCUGGUUUUGGCCUGCUCGAGGCAGGAAUUGUCUCAAGAAAGAACGAAACAAAUAUCAUGGUAAAAAACGCUAUUGAUAUUAUUUACGGAGGCCUUGCUUACUGGAUAUUUGGUUUUGCAAUAAGUUUUGGGAACAGCGACCUAAACAACAGAUUUACGGGCUGGGGAAACUUUUUUGUCGAUUCUGAGGAUGACGAUUUUGGUAUAUUUGCCAAGUACUUUUUCCAAUUAUCCUUCGCUACGACCGCAACGACAAUUGUUUCCGGCGCAAUGGCCGAAAGGGUUAAUAUCAACGCUUACAUAGCUUUCUCUUUUGUAAACACCCUAUCUUACGCAUUCCCUGCACAUUGGAUGUGGGAUGAUAGAGGAUUUCUAAAAGAGAUGGGAGCAGUUGAUGUGGCUGGGUGUGGUCCUGUCCAUCUUGUUGGUGGUGUCGCCGCUAUAGUCGCAGCAAUCAUGCUAAAACCACGGAAAAAUAAAUUUGAUGAGCAUGGCAAACCACGUGAGAUGGCAAUGGCGUCUCCAACAAAUGUUCUGCUAGGGACGUUUAUGCUGUGGUGGGGAUGGUUAGGGUUCAACUGUGGUUCAACAUUUGGAAUUUCAGGGAUAAAGUGGAAACUUGCUUCCAGGUAUAUCGUACUGUGAUUAUAUUUUUCGACAUCAAUAUCAAACGCAUUAAUGGUCAUUUUGAAACCUCUGUUUAUCAUAAACCUACAUUCACAGGGGUUUCACUAAUUUUAAUAGUUAUAUGUUCAUCUCCAAUAGAAGCACAUAGUUAAUUUAAUGUCUUGAUUACUAACUAUAGCAAUUUUUAUACGCAGCUUGAGACAUUUAGAAAAAAUUUCAACCAAUCAAAAUGGUUAUCAUAUACAUCUCUUUGAUCAGUGUGUCCGAUUUUUUGUUGUUAACAUCAUUCAACCUAAAGAAUUUAAUUCAGUCUGCAUCAAGGAAAGCGAUUUCCUUCAAUCUGUCUUCCAUGUAUGCAUGCAUUCUGGAACACAUUCUCUUCAAGUUCGUACCCAAAUUCAACGCCUCGAUCUGUUAUGUAGCCGUAUAAAUAUCAGAUUUGUAUUUCGACAUAAUAAUAUUCUCUAAUAUUCUCAUGUUUUCACAUUUAAGCACAAAAUUUCCAUGGUUUGAGAUCGUGUGUAUGUUGUUUAUUUUUUUUAGUGUCGAAACCUUCCUUAAAUAAGCAAUGUAGGCUAAACGGUCCGUCGUUUACACGCACGAGUCUCAGAACACCUUGAUACUGUCUUAACUUGUAACACGAGUAGCAGUCUCCAACUUACUAGCAUAUUUUUAUAUCUAAACAAUUCCGGCCACACAGCUUCUUUUGAUGUUUUUAAAAUUCUUUCAUUUUCCUCUUCCCCAGAUUAACAUCCCAUCCGUGAAAGUAUUUUUUGAUUUCUAAGUAUAAACCUUCCUUAAAUAAGCAAGGCAGCUCCAUUCCUAUUUUCUACCUCUCUGAUGACUUUCGCCACAACCAGUUCCUCCCUACUCUUCUCCUCUCCUUAUUUCUCUCAUAAUUUGCAAUUCAAUAUAUUGUAAAUAGUACUGAAUAUAUUCAUAAACCUUUGUAAUUUUCAUGUUAUAUCUGUAACUCUGGAGAUGCGGUUACAAUUCUACAGCUUUUUUUUUAAAUUAAGGUUCGCAAAUCACGCCUAUACUUCUUUGGGCAGCCUUAAUUAACUGAUUAUCAACCUCGUUAUGUUUUAAGGUCUGCCGUAGUCACAAUAAAUGGUUCAGUUGGUGGAGGUAUUUUUGGUAUGGCCUACAGGUAUAUGUCUACAUUGUCUUGCUUUUUCUUGCUUUUUCCAUACACGCGUUUAGAAAAACAGGGCCAGGCGCAGGGGGAGAGCGGGAAAGUGGCAAUUUGCAACACGCCUCCCCUGCAAUUAACAAUUUUGUGAAUACAAAAUAAUGUCAAAUGUUUUCUGCCCUUGCUCUCAAAAAUCUCUGGGAUACCCCGAAAAAAUUACAUCAGGAAGCAGCUAUGUACAAUAUAAAUCAAUCUACUAGGAAAGAAAAUGUUUGUAAAUAAAGGCUGUUAUGAAGCUCUAAGUAUCCGAAUUGUAUUUAUCUCUUUGACGUCCAUUUUCCACUAGGCAAAUUUAUUCGCGCGAAGUGAUUGUUUUCUUUGUCAGAAUCGCUCAUCACGUGAGCACAGGCGAUACCGACAAAGGAAAACGUCGCAUCACACGAACAAAUUCGUCAAGUGGAAAAUCGGCUGAACAGUAUAAUUAACUGGACUCCAAGCAAUUUUACAUUGGCAACAAUAUUGCCAAAAAUUGGCCACGACAACCACGACCACAUGUAUAGAAACCGAGCUUAAUUUAUCAAAAACAAUCUAUCAAAACAGUGUAAUUCAUUAAUGGCUUCUAGACGCCUUUUUCCCGAUUGAUAAAGAUAUCGAUAUUGCACGAGUAUAUAAGCUAUUAACAGAUGCAGCUGCAUGGGUAGAUUAUUUACAUGCAAAUAUUUUAUUUCAGUUACAUUUUUCAUAAGAAGAAAUUGUUAAUCAAAAUUUUCGUAACUAGUAUACUGGGAGGACUUGUUGGAGUGACAGGUGAGUUGAUUUAUAAAGAUGAACCGGUCAUGGAGGACGUUAGGGGCUUCGCUAUCUGGGGGAAAGCGCCAUCAGCUCUUCGUAUAUAACCCAUCCUUGAUAAGUAAUUUAGUUCUCUGAUUAGUUGAUUGCGAUAGGUAAUUCUACAUGCAUGGAAAGUGCUCCCUCGAGCUCGACGGGGAAAUGAUUGGAUAUGUACGUAUUAGGUUAUUUCGUGUUGUUCAAAUGGCUAAUAACGCAAUGAACAACGGAGUUUUGCAGGAAAAUAUCAGGAUUUGGGGCAUCUACACUCGAUGUAACUAAUUGGAGAAGAGUUUUGUUGAUUGAAAUCCCGAGUGUGAAUUUUGUACAUUUAUUAGACCUAAUCAGGAUCAGUUGCCUGCGAAAAAUGCCACUAUAUAGACCCUAGGAAUUGAACCUGCGCGGUCCUGCGAUUCCAGUGCGCGCAGGGAAUUCAAAUUGUAUGAAUUCAUUUACGACGUGUCUAAGGAUUAGCAGACGCCCUGGAAACUAAAUCCAGCACGCAGGUCUUAAAAUAAUUGAGGAGAAAGUGCUACGUUAAGAAAAUGACUUUCGCGUCUUCUCGGAUAAGGACGUUAAAAUUGUAGGUACCUCGGAUCCCCUAUCAAUUGGGAACAGCUUGUUGGGGAAUUCGCUCACCAAUGAGUAAGAAACUGAAUAAACUCAAUACGACUAGUCGAUAUGAUUGUCAUUCUAACGUAUGAAAACACCUGCUGACGCCAGUAUUCCUGCAUUCAUCAGUUAAUGGCGAGAUUUGAAUGUGACAUCUUUACACGCAUUUACUUUAGCACAUACGGCGUCAGGAUAAGAGUCGAAUAUGACUGUAGUCUAUCGUGUAGAUGGAUCGUAACGCAAAUCGAGAUCGCGCAAUAAUUAUAUGGCUCGUGCGCCCAAGUGUAUUCUGGGGAAACGCAAGCAGUGUCAAGAGUGAUUUGCUGACAUACGUGUCUAGCCAAUCAAAAGGCAAAUAGUAACUACCACCUACUGAUAUAAUAUUGUAUUAUUUUAAUCAACUAGCAAUUUGUGCUGUUUGUCGUCCAUUGGAAGCUUUGUUCAUUGGAUUCAUUGGCGCUGCUGUAGCUAUUGGAGGUAUGGUCAUGGAAGACAGGCUGUGUAUAGACGACCCCGUUGGAGCAUUCCCAACACAUGCACUCGCCUCAGUAUGGGGACUUAUUGCCACUGGACUCUUCUGCGAAAAAACACCACAAUUUUCCGAACAUGCAGGUUUAUUCAAAGGUGGAACCUGGAAAUUUUUGGGCAUCCAAGUUCUGUCAAUCGUCUGUGUUACCUUGUGGGCAGCUUUCACAACAUUCCUGCAGCUUUUCAUUAUCGAUAAGAUAUUUGGUCUUCGCAUGACAGACGCAGAGGAAGAGGUUGGGGCAGAUUAUUACGUGCACAAUAUAUGUAUCGAGGAAACAGGAUCAAUCACACUAACAGAAAAUAAUAGCAGUGAAGAAACUCAAGGGAUACCGUCUGUUCAAGUCGAUGAUAGAUGUGGAAGCACGCAGGAAAAUUCUGCACCGAAAUACCCUCAAGUUGACAUGAAAAAUCUCCGAGAAAUUAAUUCAAGACAUUUACAUUUGUCAGGAAAACGCAAAAUUAUCAAUGGGAAUGGCAUUGUUAAUAGCAAUGAAAUUUCGCUGAGAGUCGGCCCAUAUUUGGAACAGCAGAUGGUGUUACCCAAAGGAACAAGUAAUUGUGGUUACCAUAGUGCCUAGACUGCCACUAUAAGGACCACAUACUCAUUUAUUUAUUAAUUCCAGGGGUUUAUACCGAAGAGAAAUUUACAAUUGUGUUAUGAUUGUAAUGAUUUAAUUUAAACACUGUUUAACUUAUCAAAUAAGAAUAAAACCCCUGACAAAACUUUCUGUGGGGAAGAGGUUUAGUAUGAGAGGAACGUCCUAGGAAUAUGCCCCUCCACCUUCUUUUGGGAAUUUCACCCUUUCUUGUUCUUACGAAUAUAAGUUGUUAUGUGGUGUUCCCAAUUAGUCACUCGAAGUAGAAUAUUUCACUGCUUUUUCACACGAACAGUUCUUUUCUGGCAUAAGAAUUGACGAAGCUAUAGAAUAGGUCAUGUACGUCUUGAGUGAGGAAUAUAGCUAUCCCAGAGGGCGAUUUUCCUGAGAGCGGCGGAUUUUCUGUGACACUGGCAAACCAAUAACAUAUCGACCUCUUUUUGGGUAGUACUUUGGACAGUAUAUGAUCUCAUAAUGAUUAUGUUCACCUUCAAUGGGCCUGUAGGUGAAAUACGAUUGAGGCUGGAGUUUAGAUGAGGUAACAAACCGUCCCAGGGGGGUUGGGGGCAUGCUCCAAAGAAAGUUUUGAAAUUUGCAUGCCUGGAAAGUGCAUUUCCAGCUAUUUUCCAAAACAAUUUUGUUUAAAGUAACCAUGGAUAUGUAUAUUGCCUAAUUAUAGACAGAUAUAUUUCUGUGAGCACAUGCCUAACUGUAAAAUUAGAGAAUACUCUUGCGAAUGAUUAUCGUAUUGUAAAAGAACAAUUACACAAAUACUCAACAGGCUAGCCGAGCGUCACUCUGCUCUGAAAAUCACGCAUGCAGCCACGCGUAAAACUCGGGCAUUCAUUAUUCAUAUUUCUGUGAGCACAUGCCUAACUGUAAAAUUAGAGAAUACUCUUGCCAAUGAUUAUCGUAUUGUAAAAGAACAAUUACACAAAUACCCAACAGUCUAGCCGAGAGUCACUCUGCUCUGAAAAUCACGCAUGAAGCCACGUGUAAAACUCCGGCAUUCAAAACUAAAAUGUUUCACCUUUCAAAUGUGAUAAUGUUGGUUAAGCCAAUGGCAGAGUCACCUAAAAAAGGAGAAAACAUAGGGAGUAACGUUGGGAGCACUUCAACAUCUAAUUCUCUUUUUAAGAACAAUUCUCAAACUCAUUAAUAAUUCAUGAACCAAAAACAAACGAAAUUAAUGUUUAAUAAUAUUUUGAAACUGGAAAAAACUGUCUUCAAAGCAAGUGGGGGAUUUGAAAUCCCCCAGGGGACAGCGGGGCUGACUAUAAGUAUUCAUUUUCAAACUACUAGUUGUUACUAGUGGUUUGAAAUUUUUCAAGGUACUAGUACACUGGAAAUAAUUUAAGCUACAGAUUGUUCUGCCAUUACCAAAUUACAAAGCAAAAUUAAACACACAUUGGCACACAUAUAAUAAGCCUUAAUUAAUAACACGAAUACCUCGCUUGUUCUGCAAUCACACCUAACGAUUAUAGUAAUUUAUACAUACACCACAGUUGGAUAUAUUGACACGCUGAAACGUUUCCUUUUUAGGACUCGUAACCGGUUUUUCGGCUCUACUCGUGACAGUUCAAUAUUUAACGACUCACGACUCGCUAGGUAAUCUUCCAUAAACUCAUAAAACUCAAAAAUAUCGUUUUCCGUCUUCCUCACCUCGCUGUGAUUGUCAGCCAAUACUUCGCUUUCAUUAGUUAAACAAAGUUCGUCUUUACUUUGAAACCGUUCUAUCGUUCUCUGCCAUGUCUUACACUCUCGCUUACAACAAUGCGUACACGCUUGUCGCAUGGCGUACCAUUCGUAGCCCGCGUGCAGGCCCAAGGGAAUAAUAGCUUAAAAUUCGAAAAUUGAUCCCUUUUUUCGAUUAUAAAUGGAACAAGAACGGACUGUUUAUUGUUUACUUGAAGGAAGAGAUGUUUUUGCCGUUAUUGCCAAUGGGAAUUGCUUGUCGUGAAGUGUUGGAAUAGCAACAUUACGACUUGGGGUAAACUACAGUAUAGUAACCUUUACUUGAGGUUCAUUAAUUUCAAACAGACUUGAAACAUUAUAUGUUCCUCAAGAAAAUUAUCUUUUGGUUGAUGUUGACUCUGUUCUUGCCGACUGAAGAAAACAGCGCUUUUCGCGGUGAAGAUUUAGAGGCAGUUUCAUGUAAGCCUAUUCGAAACACUUUGCGAUUUGCAAGGCUUCGCUGAGAGAGCGAAACAGAAGACGGUAAUUGCCGUUUGAAACGAAGCGAUCUGGACUCUGAACGCUCUCUUCUUUGGUAGAGUUCUUUACCAAAUGAAAUAACUGAAAUAAAUUUCGUCCUUGCCGCCAACAAGAAUUGCACACACGAUCUGAUAAGUGACACAAUUUAUUUAUAACAAUGGCGACAGCGAAGCAUACAUUAUAAAUGCUAAUGUGGUCGUACGACUUCCCUCACGAUUUGAAGUUUGAGACUGGUUUUCUGUUGCAUUUCGUCCUAAUUUGCCUGUUCUGAUUUUAGUUGAAAAUGAGCACUUGCAACUUUGGCAAUUACUGACUGCGUUGCUCGCUUUUUUUGGAGUUAAAACGCAGCCAUUUACACAUUGUUUAUGUUCUGAAUAAGCAGAGAAAAGCCCGCAACAUUUUAAUUCGAGUUUGUUUGUUAAUAUUUGGGUGCUGUCAUUGGUUCUUUUUUGACAAUUGACGCGCGAAUGGGGCGUGUUAUGAAAAGGGGCAUUUUACAAAAUACCGGGUCUUCCUUGCAGGCCCACUAUUCUUCCCUUGGGCCUGCACGCGGGCUAUAUUCUUCCCUUGGGCCUGCACGCGGGCUAUACCAUUCGCAGCAUAUAAUUUUUAAGUAAACAUAUUCAUGCGUGAAAAAUUGCAUAAUUGAUGAGUUUGAGAAGUCAGUUCAAAUAAUACUCGACCUCGGACUUUACCGGGAUUUUGAUGUCCUCGAGCAUUAUAAAUGCUCGGCUGGGACUUUGAAAUCCCAGUAAAGUCCUAUGUCUCGCAUUUGAACUAUUACAUCUAACAUGCAACACCAAUAACGAUCAGGAUUCCCCAACAAACGCAAUUUAUUACAGAUUAUCUUACCAAUUGUCGGAAACGGGGAGGGAACACGUCUCACUCUUUCCCUCCCAGUAUUUACACCCUUGAUAAGUAACGAUCCCUUACGUAUAGGAUUUUUAAUAUUGUAAAAAUAAUGUAAAUAAUUUUAGACCGUCGGUAUCCAUAUAAAACUCCUAAAAGUCCAACUAAUGUUCUGACAUAAAAAUCCAAUUUGUAAAAAUCCUUCAAACACAUCAGAAGGUUGCUACCUACACUUUUUAAAAAAUGGACGAUUUCUGAUUUGGACAUGAAUUUCUGGACAAUAUGUAUUUGUUGAAAACCAAAGACUAUCUGACUUGAAUAAAACAAUAACUAAGGAAUUCGGAGUUUUUAAAAAAUUCCUCCUAAGCCGUUGCUAUGGUAACAAUGACGUUUCAAUAUGGCGGAUAUUUUUUUGUUUAAAGUAAUUUAACUCGAAAAUAAUGUCGGUGACCCCCAUGAUUUAAUUUUACAGCACGAUUUAUUUUGGUAUUUUGAAUCAUUUUCGUGAUUUUAAGAAAAUGCUGUCAUUCCAAACUUUUUCAAGAUCGGAAAAUGUAAUAAUUUGCAACACUUUUUUUUCGCAUGACAGAAUUUUUUAAAACUAUUAUAACAAUGAUUUAAAAUAUCAAACAAAUUAUUUUUGUGAGCCGAUCUUACUUUCAAGUGAAAUAACUUUAAACCCAAAAUAUCGGUCGUAUGGGAGCGUCAUUGUUGCCACAGCAACG